UGAUAGAAAGACUACACUAUAACUACAAUGUAGCCACAGAAAAAACUUAAUAAUUAAGAUAACGGUUUGAUAGAAGAUGAUAACCAUUUAGAACCACAGACAUUAAACUCCACAUUGCCUCAUAUAUGAGAUAACCAGAAAUGCAUCCCACUCUAAGCAUGAAGACUGAAGUAGUUUUAAUGCUCCACUUUAUGCAAACUAUGGAACUAUAGCACAAAAACACCACCAGCUCCAAGGAUAUAUAUUAUCAACAAGUAAGGUACAACAAAGCCAAAACCUAGAAUAAGAAAAGCUUUGAAAGAAGAUGAUAACAAUUAUAAACACAUUCAAAGAAAAACUCACCAAAACAUUUGUGCCCUCCAUUUUCUAUUCUUUGCUACCUUUAGCUCUAGUUUGCCUAUACUUUUACUUCUCCUCAUUUGCUCCAUUUUACACUCCCAUCACUCACCAACCUUCACUUUCUAUUUCCCCUCAUUUAACAAAAGUUUCAAUUAUUAAUGAAGAAUUGAAUGGUGGAGAUGAGCAUCAUACCUCCUCCGGUGGAAACUCCACGGAAGUGGAUCCAAUUUCAAUUAUUAAUGAAAAAUUGAAUGGUGGAGAUGGACAUCAUACCUUCUCUGGUGGAAACUUCACGGAAGAGGAUCCAAAUGGGCGUCGGACCUCCUCUAGUGGAAACUUCACGAAAGAGGAUCCAAUUUCAAUUAUUAAUGAAAUACUGAAUGGUGGAGAUGGACAUCAUACCUCUCCUGGUGGAAACUUCACGAAAGAGGAUCCAAUUUCAAUUAUUAAUGAAAUAUUGAAUGGUGGAGAUCGACAUCAUACCUCCCCUGGUGGAAACUUCACGGAAGAGGAUCCAAAUGGGCCUCAGACCUCCUCCAAUGGAAACUUCACGAAACAGGAUCCAAGUACGAAUUCAAUUAUUAAUGAAAUAUUGAAUCAUGGAGAUGGGCACCAUACCUCCUCAAGUGGAAACUUUACGGAAGAGAAUCCAAAUGGACGUCAGACCUCCUCUGAUGGAAACUUCACGAAAGAGAAUCCAAUUUCAAUUAUUAAUGAAAUAUUGAUUGGUGGAGAUCGGCAUCAUUUCUCCUCUAGUGGAAACUUUACAGAAGAGAAUCUAAAUGGGCGUCAGACCUCCUAUAGUGGAAACUUCACGAAAGAUGAUCCAAUUUCAUUUAUCAAUGAAAAAUUGAAUGGUGGAGAUGGGCGUCAUACCUCCUCUGGUGGAAAUUCCACAAAAGAGGAACCAAUUUCAAUUACUAAUAAAAAAUUGAAUGGUAGAGAUGAGCAUCAGACCACCUUCGACGGAAACUUCACGAAAGAGGAUCCAAAAAAGGAAAAACCUCUUGAGAAAUCAUGUGACUAUUUAAUUGGCAAUUGGGUUCAUGACAAGAGAGGCCCUUUGUAUAAUGGGACAACAUGUAAUGAGAUCAGGGAAAAUCAGAAUUGCAUUGUCAAUGGAAGACCUGACACAAGCUACCUAUAUUGGAGAUGGAAACCAAAUGAGUGUGAUCUUCCAAUUUUUGACCCAAACACUUUUCUUAAACUCAUGAGCAACAUGAACAUAGUUUUUGUUGGAGACUCUUUAUCUAGGAACCAACUAGAGUCCCUUAUUUGCUUAUUAUCCACUGUUUCAAAACCUAAAUAUAUCAAUCAUAUAGGCUCUAUUGGGAGGUGGUAUUUUCCUUCUUACAAUGCAAACUUGACAUCCUAUUGGGCACCAUUUCUUGUGAAGGGUGAUCAAAGAAGAAAGGAAGGGCCAAAUUAUAAUACAAUACAUUUGGAUCAUGUAAGUGAGAAUUGGGCAAAGGAUAUAGAUCAAAUGGACUUGAUUAUGUUGUCAUUUGGUCAUUGGUUUUUGGACAUUCCUUCAGUUUACUAUGAGAAUGAUUCAGUUAUAGGUUGUUCUAUAUGUCAUGAUUUAAAAUCGAAAUAUAAUGAUAUUGGAUUUUAUGUUCCAAUGAGAAAGGCUUUAAGGAUUGCCCUUAAUACCAUAAUUGAGAGGAAAAUGGUUAAAGGGAAUGAAAUUGAUGUGAUUGUGAGAACAUUUUCACCUACUCAUUUUGAAGGUUCUUGGGAUAAGGGAGGUACUUGUUCAAAGAAAAAUCCAUAUAAAUAUGAGGAGAAGAAACUUGAAGGAAUGGAAGCUAAGAUAAGAAGUAUGGAGAUAGAGGAAGCUGAAAAUGCUAAGGAAAAAUCUAAACAAGUUGGAUUAAAUUUGAAGGUGCUUGAUAUAACAAAAUUGGCAUUGUUGAGACCAGAUGGUCAUGCAGGAGCUUAUAGGUAUCCUUUUCCAUUUGCUAAAACAAUUCCAAAGAAUGUACAAAACGAUUGUACUCAUUGGUGCUUGCCAGGACCUAUUGAUACUUGGAAUGAGAUUUUUUUGGAGAUGAUGAAGAAGGGGAAGAACUAUUAGAAUAUCUUCUUGUCAAUGUUUACUCCUUCCUUCCUCCGUCCUUAAAUGUAAAAAAAAAAAAA